UCUCUGCACGGAUAUGUGAAACGUUUGUUUUCCGUUUAUUUUGCUCUUCUGUUUUAUUUUUCUCGCUGGUAUUUUACUGGUUUUUACUCAAUAUACAAUUUUUGUAAUGGAAAACCGGGGUCACAUUAACCCGGAAGAUGAUCAUGGCGAAGAUGACUCACAUGAAGCCGUCGAUCCCGGCCUCUUGGAGGACACAGAUGAGGAAGAAAUUCCUAUGACAUCAAAACAGGUCUUGGAAGCUAUGGAUCGAGCUUGGAUGAACGAAAAAUUUGCCUUGCAAAUCCUUCCAUAUGAGGAAGCUAUAGUCGACAUGGUAAUGAGCCAGCUAGUGUAUAUGGAAGAAAAUUUAGCUACGACGAAUAAGAACGAUUUGCUGUACAUUGCCCACCGGAUGGAGGUUGAGCGCAUACGUUAUGUACUGGCCAGCUACCAUCGCUGCCGAUUGCAGAAAAUUGAAGAGUACACAUUUCACAUCCUCGAAGAGGAAUCCAAGCGGCCGGAAGGCAUCAAAAGACUUUCGGCGGGAGAGUUGAAAUUUGCCAAGGAUUUUCACGAGAGUGUAGAGAAUCACUUUCAAGAAGUUGCUAUCAAACAUAUGCCGCAAAGUCUCCGGCCGGACGACCACCUGCGAAAGGUUGUUCCCAAUCUGGACAGUUACGUGUUCGUUAAAGCCAAGGGGAAUUUGGCUGAUCUUGCAAUCAGCGCGGAUCACGAGACGAUCAACAUUGCCGCCGGAUCCGUUCACAUGUUUAAGUACAGAGAUGUUGAACCACUUGUGCUGGAAGAUAAAUUUGAAUUAAUUUGAGCUUGUUUAGAA